ACGAGCUACGGGCGCCUGCGCGGGGUGCGCGUGGCGUCGCCCGGCGACCUGCUGGGCCCCGUGGACCGGUUCCUGGGCGUGCCCUACGCCGCGCCCCCCACGGGCGCCCGCCGCUUCCAGGCGCCCGAGCCGCCGUCGUCGUGGCCCGGGGUGCGCGAGGCCGCGCGCUUCGCCCCCGUCUGCCCGCAGCCGCUGGACGAGCGGGCCCUGCCGCGCGACAUGCUGCCCGCCUGGUUCUCCGCCAACCUCGACGCCGCCGCGCCCGCCCUGGCCGAGCAGAGCGAGGACUGCCUCUACCUCAACCUCUACGUGCCCGCCCGCCGCGACCUCCACGACCCUAGCGGGAAGAAGCCGGUGAUGGUCUACAUCCACGGUGGGUCGUACAUGGAAGGCACCGGGAACCUGAUCGACGGCAGCAUCCUGGCCAGCUACGGCAACGUCAUCGUCGUCACGCUCAACUACCGCCUGGGCAUCCUGGGGUUCCUGAGCACCGGCGACCAGGCGGCCAAGGGCAACUACGGGCUGCUGGACCAGAUCCAGGCGCUGCGCUGGGUGGAGGAGAACGCGGCGGCCUUCGGCGGGGACCCCAAGCGCGUCACGGUGUUCGGGUCCGGGGCGGGGGCCUCGUGCGUCAGCCUCCUCACGCUCUCCCACUACUCCGAAGGCCUGUUCCAGAAGGCCAUCAUCCAGAGCGGCACCGCGCUCUCCAGCUGGGCCGUCAACUACCAGCCCGCCAAGUACGCCCGGGCGCUGGCCGAGCGCGUCGGCUGCGCCGGCGGAGGGUCGACGGCGGGAUCCGGCCCCGCGGCGGACUCGGCGGCGCUGGUGGAGUGCCUGCGGGCGCGGCCCCAGGCGGAGCUGACGCGGCAGUGGAUCCCGCCGGCGGCGCCCUACCACGUGGCGUUCGGGCCGGUGAUCGACGGGGACGUGAUCCCGGACGACCCGCAGAUCCUGAUGGAGCAGGGCGAGUUCCUGAACUACGACAUCCUGCUGGGGGUGAACCAGGGGGAGGGGGCGCGUCUGGCGGAGGGGGCGGCCGGGGGGGCGGGCGAGGGGGGCGGGCUGAGCGCCGGGGCGUUCGAGGCGGCCGUGGCGGGGUUCGUGGACGGGCUGUACGGGCUCCCCGAGGGCCGCGCGGCGCUGCGGGAGACGGUGAAGUUCAUGUACACGGACUGGGCGGACCGGGACAACGCGGAGACGCGGCGGAAGACGCUGGUGGCGCUGUUCACGGACCACCAGUGGGUGGCGCCGGCCGUGGCCACCGCGGACCUGCACGCGCAGUACGGGUCGCCCACCUACUUCUACGCCUUCUACCACCGGUGCCACGACGCGGCCUCCGACCCCGCCGCCGACCCCGCCGACCUCCCAGGCUCCGCCCCCUCCGCCGCCUCCGCCCCCGCCAGGCCCGGCUGGGCCGACGCCGCCGCCCACGGGGACGAGGUGCCCUACGUCUUCGGGGUCCCCCUGGCCCCCGGCGACGCCCCCGCCGCCGACCUCUUCGCCUGCAACUUCUCCCGCAACGACGUCAUGCUCAGCGCCGUCGUCAUGACCUACUGGACCAACUUCGCCAAGACCGGGGACCCGAACCAGCCGGUGCCGCAGGACACGAAGUUCAUCCACACGAAGCCGAACCGGUUCGAGGAGGUGGCGUGGGGCAAGUACACCCCGCGGGAGCAGCUGUACCUGCACAUCGGGCUGCGGCCCCGGGUGCGAGACCACUACCGCGCCACCAAGGUGGCCUUCUGGCUCGAGCUCGUGCCCCACCUGCACGGCCUGCACGACCUGGCGCAGUACCUGUCCACCACGACCCGGGCGCCGGGGUCGGAGGGCGCGGCGGGCGGGACUUCCGUGGGCGGGACUUCCGGGGUCAGCGUGGGCGGGACUUCCGGGUCGUUCCCGUACCGACGGUCCGCCUGGCCCAGCACCAAGCGCCCGGCCCUGGGGGGCGGUGGUGGGCGGAGCCCGGCCCGGCGACCCCACCCACCGGGGUCGGAGGGGUCGGAGGUCAACCCCGCGGGCGACCCCGGGGCGGUGCUGAUCGAGACGCGGCGCGACUACUCGACGGAGCUGAGCGUGACCAUCGCGGUGGGCGCCUCCCUCCUCUUCCUCAACGUCCUGGCCUUCGCCGCCCUCUACUACAAGAAGGACAAGCGGAGGCACGAGACCCACCGCCGCGACCCCCGGCCCCGCCCCGCGGCCCCCCCCGACCCCCGACCCCAACCCCCGCCGCCCCCGGCCCCCCUGCCCCGCGCCGACCCCGCCCCCGCCCACCCCCCCGACUACGCCCUCGCCCUGCGGCGCUCGCCCGACGACCUGCCCGUCGGGGUCGGGGUCGGGAGAACAGAAGGAAGGAAACGGGGGAUGGAGGAAACCUACGUGGCCCUGAACAAGGGAAAGAGAGGAAACCGGAAAAAGGAGGGAAACCUACACAGCCCUGAACAAGGAAAAAGGGAGGAGCAAAGGAAGGAAACCUAUGCAGCCCUGAAGAAGGGAAAGGGGAGGAAACAGGGGAAAGGGAGGGAAACCUAUGCAGCCCUGAACAAGGGGAAGGGGGGAAACAGGGAACGGAGGAAACACACAUAG